UUUGCGAGCUGCCGUCGGACCCGAGAGGAAGAAGAAAUAAAACAGGAAGAAGACGAUGACAGCUGGGUUCGGGUUUUAGACAAGAACCAAAAGAACUCAUGGCUUCAGACGAGCUGUCCGCGAAACUCAGCCGCCGGCUGCAGAUCGAGACCGGCGACGAGGAGCCCGCAGCCCUGGAUCCUCCAUGCGAUCCCGAACCCGGGUCCGAGGACAAGCCCUGCACCGCUAACGCCGACUCGGAGCUCGGAGCCAAACUGCAGCGGCGCGAGGAGCUGAACCAGGGUCAGGCCGAACCACGGCAGCUCAAGGUCUUCAAUCCCUACACCGAGUUCAAAGAGUUCAGUCGCAAGCAGAUCAAAGACAUGGAGCGCAUGUUCAAAACGUACGAUACAGGCCGCGACAACUACAUUGACCUGAUGGAGUUGAAGCUGAUGAUGGAGAAGCUCGGUGCUCCCCAGACCCACCUUGGUUUGAAGAACAUGAUUAAGGAGGUGGAUGAGGACCUGGACAGCAAGCUCAGCUUCAGAGAGUUCCUGCUGAUCUUCAGGAAGGCGGCAGCAGGGGAGCUGGCAGAAGACAGCGGCCUCAGCGAACUUGCUCGCCUGUCCGAGAUCGACGUCUCCACUGAGGGCGUGAAAGGAGCCAAGACCUUCUUUGAAGCUAAAGCGGACGCCAUCAUGCAGUCUAACCGGUUCGAGGCGGAGAUCCGCCAGGAGCAGGAGGCCAAGAAGAAGCAGGCGGAGGAGCAAAAACAGCGACGAGCUGCUUUCAAAGAUUUGAAGUCGACGUUCCAGUGAGCGGCGCUCGGGCGUAGUCUUGGGCGCCGGCAUCAUGCUGUUAUCCUGUCUUUGUGUUUUUCACUGCUCAGUGUUGAAUACCUAGUAAAAUGGGGUGGGGGGGUAGUUCACAAUCCAAGCAGACUCACAGUCACUCACAUACCAGUUGAUAGUCUGAUCCCAGGGGGCUGGAUAAUUGUGGGGAAAUAUUAAAUUAGCAUAUCACGCUGUAACGAGUAUAACUAUGAGCUAACGGUGCACGGUGGUGGUACAUCUUUCAUACCCGCUGUGGAGCUUUUAUCCAAAACCAUUAAUGCUCGCACAUAUUAAUCAGACAUGAUGAUGUCACCACUUCUCUUCUUCAAAACAUCCUGUCCACAUGAGUGACGAACCCUUCAGACGUCUUCAUGCAGAUUCUCAUGGCAGGGAAAAAACCUUUGAUAUAAACUGUUUUUGGGGGGGGGGUGUUGGGGUUUAGUUUUGUUGUUCAGAAUCAUAAAUUCUGAUGUGUUCACGUGUGUCUGAUGGACUUCCUGUCAGCCAUUUAUUUCUGGUGUCACCUGAUGGGUUGCACGAUGUUUAGGAUCCCUGCAGACUUUGGUGGGAGUGUUAGACCGGUGACAAAUUAAAAACUUGUAGUGUCUGGUACUGUGUUAAACCAGAACUAGUUCUUCCCCAAAAACAUUCCCUGGUUUGUAGUCUAAAGUCUGGGUUGACCUCCGGUGUCUUUGUGUCCUCUGGACGGGGACACUGGUGUUGGGCCACUGCUUUUCUCUGUUGCUUUUCCUCUGCCACCUGUCUGUGUAAUAGCCUGCUGACUGAAGCCGUUUUUAUGUUCCACAGUGACACUCUGUGAGGGCUUUUAUUAGGCUUUGUGUGGGUGUGGCUUAUUUAUGGGAUUUGUGCCCUCUGACCUUCUGACCAUCUCACAGGUUGGUGGUCAGAUGGCGUCACGGUUGCAUUCCUGCUGUAACUGUUGUCAUUCUGAAUGCAGUCGGCGUUGUUAAGGGAAGUGAGAGUUCCUCUAAAGGUUGCUUCCUCAUGUUGAAACCCGCUGAAGAGUGUGAUUUCUGAGAGCAGCCUGGAUAUUGUCACGUGUUGACAUUGUGUCCACGCCUCGGAACUCACUGAUAAUUUUCAGUCACUUUGUACAUAGUCUAACAUUAAAGACCAGCUGAAGCUAAAUGCUGUCUGUUCAUGCUGCUUUAAACCAACUACCCGGACUGUUCACCACAGACCCAGUCCUCAGCAAGACCACGAGUAAACUAACGUUCUGUUUUAAGACCCCGUGUAGAUUAAUGUGCCGCUUUAAGACCACGAGUAGACUAACGCGCCGUUUAAGACCACGAGUAGACUAACGCGCCGUUUUAAGACCACACACUGUUUACUUCAGCAGAAUGAUGUUGACCAAUGAGUGAUGAUGUAGACUUUUGUUUUCUAGUUAGACUUUUUGUUGUUCUAGGCCUGAUAUCCUGUAAUGUGUAGCUGUGUAGCAUUAUCAUACGGCUGUUUUUCGGCGUCAUGUGCCGUACCGUUAGCCUCACUUACCGUGUGUAGAAACGCGUUUGCUGACACUUGUCAAAUGUUGCAGGAAUAUCAUGUUUUGGGUCACAGUGCAGCUUAGAUUAUUUUAAUGCACAGUCUUACAGCACUGCGUAGAACCGCUCAGUUAAACAUUUCCUCACUGAGGACUGAACAAAGUUAAUAGUUGGGUUUUGUUUUAUCUGUAUGGUUCAGGGUCACCACAGCAAAGGUUCCUUCUCCAUCUAGCUCCAUCUUUGGCCUCAGCCAAUGCCUCUUCUUGGUUCUGUUUUACGGCAUCGCCCUGCAUUGGUCUCUGUCACACAUACGUCAUCUCAGUCUUCCAUGGUAUUCCAGCUUCUCUCACCUUUGACUCGAUCUUGUUGACUUUCACCUUAAAUUGCUUGUUGGGGAUCUUCUAAGCUUGAAUUUUAACAUUCUCAUCUACACCAUCUGCUUUUUUAUUAGAGAUACCAUCUGUAAGUCGAAUGUUCUUCCAGGUGCUUCACUCUCAAACAGUCCUGACCUCCUCCUCCAGACACUCCAUCCCACUCACAUUCAUCUGUUGUCUGCAGUCAAAGGAGGUCAUCCCUGUUCUCAGGUACUGACCUUCAUUCCUCUCCUUUCCAUUGGUCUAACAUUCCAGUGUCCUCCGAGUCCUCUACCGUUGUCUCAGUUGACAGUUCCGGUACGCUCUUAGUCCUCUAACAGUCUCUGUCGUCGGUACGUCAUUGAACAGGCUCAUCAAGAACUUCUGUGCUAGUUCUGCCAAACAUCUAACCCUGCAGAGGGAUGCUUGUUCUCCCACUCUGUCAUGUACCUCAUGAUUGAUACCUCAUGCACUUUUUUCCUUUUCAGCUGUGAUCUUUCCUCUCUGUGAAAACACUUUCCAGACUUCAUUUGUCACAGGAUUCUUAACAUCCUUUCCCACCUGCUGUUGCACUUCCUGCCCAGUCUCGUCCCUUUCUCAAGCUCAUCAGAGGGCUUCCUUCUCACGUCCGUUUGGACCAAAGUCCUCCUAAAGCUGUUUGGCGUUAAUUUCUAGUACUCUUUCAUGCUGUUUGCAUUUUAGUCCUGUUCUUUCUUUUCUGGUCUCUUUGGUUGCCCUUGCACCACCCCAACAUUUCCUAGUCCAGCUUUUCCUGACCCACUGACACACCCAGCAUGAGCACUUUCUGCAUUUUACUUUUGAAUGGUGCCUCACCAGAAGUCAUCUAGUUUUCUUGCAUGGUUACUUUGUGUUCUUCUCAACACUUGCUUCAGGUUGCACCUUCUUCGCAUGACAUGGUCCACCUGUGUGGUCCUGAAAUGAUGCUUGCUUUUGUCUGUAUGAUCCCUUUACUCCCUGAAGUGUGGCCCUGGUCAUAAAAUCUGUCCUCACCUCCAUCUUCCCCCACCCAACCCCACUACUUCCAAGUGGAGUCUGGGAGCAUGCCCUGGUGUCGUGCUUUGCCACAUCCACAACGCUGCAGAAUCACCUCGGGUCCUGAAUAGCAGACAACUGGUCCAACCCCACACUCUCAAAUCCCAUCGUGUCUUCAGGUGUGUUUCCUUUGCUUACGUUCUUAUUUAGGUUGACACCUAUAAACCCCCCCCCCCCCCCCCAUCUUCUCACAAGCCAUCAGAGGCGUGCACGCACUGGAGCCUGACCGAUAUGGAUUGUUUGUGGGCCGAUACCAGCUGAUGGUGCAAAUCGAGGAUUGGCCUCUACAGCAGACGGUGCUCCUCUGCAACCUCAACAGCCUCAAGUCUAUAGUCAUCGACUGAAGGAUGCCAUUAAACAGAAAAAUCUCAAUGAUUUAUGACAAAGAAAUAUAGUUGAGGUUUAGAUUUUUUUUUGUUUGGUUUAAACAUGAACUUUACAAAAAAAAUUACUACAACAGUAACCAACAACCAACCAGUGUAUGUCAACUGCCUUCACCUGGAUUGACAAUUGCUAUGUGACAUCACUGAGCAGUUGCAUAAAAUGGACUUCUCAUCUAUUUUAGCCCCACCCAGCUGGCGGCAUGACGGCCACUUGUCUCUUGUGGCUGUGAAACACCCUCUCUUGAGAAUGAACGGCAGCUGGUUGCUUUGCCUCUGUCUCUUGUAGCUGGGCGAUGGGCAUCCCAGCCAUGCUUGAAAGCAUUGUAAACAAUGCCAUCGGAUCACCCUCUGCUGGACAAACUAUGUAAUGACAUCUUUCCUUUUUUUUUUUUUUUCUUUUUUUUUUCAUUAAAAUGUGUGAAAGGCUCUUAUUGACUAAUUAUCAGUCAACUGAUAUUUCGGUCAGGCUCUUGUGUGCACUCAGUGUUCACCAUCUUUGUUUGAGUCCUAUCACUACUACCAGGUCCACCUUCAGACUGAUUCCUCGCUCUUCUGCUUCUCUUCCAGUCCAUACACAAAAUCUUGACCUCAGUGUCUCACUGUGUAUUUUUCUCACAUUGUGUUCUGAUUGGCGGUGGACGUUGUUUAAACCUGGUCCAGUCAGUGUAUGAGGUUUGGGUUUUGUGUUUUCUUUCAUCUUUAGGAGGUCGGGUUAGAUUUUUAGUGUGGGUCUCCUGCUCCAGGAGACCAUUAUGGAUGUUUGUGGCUCUCCAGAGUCCCACCCAGAUGGACAAUCACAUGCCCGGGCUCACUGAGGUCUGGUCCCGAUGGCGUCUGUAAAAAAUGAUCAAAUAGUUUUGCUAAAUGUGAUCAGUGUUCAUCUAUUUUCAUAUGAAAUGACCAAUUUAUGUUUUUAAAGAGCAUAUUGCAGUUUGUGUUCACAAACCUCAAAUAUUAUUGCUUUUUCUGGCAGUAGCGUGUGUGCGUAUGUGCCCAUAAGUAUUUGGAUAGUGACACGCUCAACAGCACAAUGGAGUGAAAAUGAAACCGUCAGGAUGUUCUUGUAGUGUUGCAUUUCAGCUUUAAUUCUGAGUUUAAGAAAAAUGCCUCAUAAAACAUUUAGGAAUUUCACAUUUUUACAGUCCCUCCAUUUUUACAGCCCAUAAGUAUUUGGACAAACAAAGUAUAAAGUUACUUUAUUAAAAAAAACUUCCAGAUUUUCAUACAAGAAAGUUUAUCAGGUCUGGUUCUCCCAUGUCCCUUUUGGCAAACUGUGGCUGAAAUCUCACACCUUCUUUUGGAGAACAUCUUUAUAAUUAGUGAGGAAAGACACAAAAGCUGCACCAUGUACAGUUUCUCCAGUCACAGCCACAGAAGCCUAUAACUCCUUCAGAGGUGUCCGGGUGGCUUGGUGGCUUCCUGCACUAGUCUUCUUGCACGGUCACUCAGUUUUUGAGAACCGCCUCCUCCGGAUGGAUUUACUGUACAGUACCACAUUGCUUGUAUUUGUCAGUGACUGAGGGAAAUAAAGUUUAAAAAAAAAAAAAAAGUCAGGUGUUCAUCCCCUCAAUGUAGACAGAAAAACAGCUGAGUGUAAAAAUGGUUUGCAUUAAAAAUAGUCCUUAUACUUACCUUAGGGACUGAAUAUUAAAAUGUCUAUCAUUCCUCAAUGGUUAAUGUGAUAUUUUUAUUAAAUCCCUUGAAUUAAAGCUGAAAGUCGAGUGUUUUAUUUUCUCUUCAUUGCAGAGAUGCACAUGACAAAAGUGUCCUCUGUCCAAAAACAUUUGUACCUGAGUGUGAAUAAAGGCAGCUCAACAGAAGCCUGUUGUGAUUUAAAAAAAAAAAAAAUCAUGUGUAAAAAAUGAUGUGCCAGUUUUUCUUUUUUAAAAUAUUUCCAUUCAUAGAACGAGUGCCAAACGUUGAAGCUAUGGUUCGCCAUCUGGCCGCACAUGAAGCCUUUGACCCCUCAACAUGUCACAAAGUCAGAAGAUAAUUAACUUGGACUAGGACACCGUUUUCAGAGGAGAGCAAAGAGCAGGAUGGUGAUCAAGACUGAUACUUAUUUCAGUCAAAUGUAUGAAAAAGGUUUAUAUGACACCUGAAUAAAUUCUUGGCCACGGCGUUGGCGUGUACAUCUUCAGCAGCUGGAAAAUCACUGUCAGAUGGAUUGGACAAGUUCUUAAUGUAGAAUUUAUCAUUUUUGCCAGAUGGAAGAAAGCAAAUGGGCGUUUUCAGGUGGCAUAGAUGGCUCCGUCCCGCUGCACUUCCAUUCCUGGUCCAAGAAGAAACACCUUUCUAAUUUCAAGUAAAAUCAAAAUAAGUAAAAUCAAAGGAAAAUGAAAGGAUGUGGAUGUAUUUAGGUGUCAUACUUAACAAAUAAUAAAUAUUUCAGAAUGUUAUGGAAACAUUCUUCCAUUGCAUGAAUGGAACAUUUUAUUUGCUGUUUUUGUGAGCUUUUUUUUUUUCUCAUCUGUGUUUUGGUGAACCUCAGCUUCUUCACAGAAUCUGUUAGAGAACUGCUGCGAUUCAGAGUGUGAAUUUGAUGGGGAUGUGUGGUGAUGCAUUUAUGAACAUCCUGCUGCGGGUUUACUUUGGUUGUCUUCAGGUGUCUCCUGGCUGCAGGUUUACGUUGGGUGUCUUCAGGUGUCUCCUGGCGGCAGGUUUACGUUGGGUGUCUCCUGGCGGCAGGUUUACGUUGGGUGUCUUCAGGUGUCUCCUGGCGGCAGGUUUGCGUCGGUUGUCUUCAGGUGUCUCCUGGCUGUGAGCCAGGACGUCGGUGGAUGUUGAAGCUUCUAAUACUUUAUCUCCUGUGCGUUGACUUACUGCGUUAACUUUUGUUUUCAUGUGUUCCUGUGAUGUCACUGGCUGUCACUGACACUUUACCAUAAUAAAUGUAUAACUUACUGUCUUUUGUGUUCAUGAAAAAAGAACAACUUAUGCGCCUAUAGAUUUUUAAUAAAAUGUAUCUUUCUUCUGGCA